AUGUAUAUGUUCAUCAUUAUUGAAGAGAUCUAAUUAGUACCCAACUAAUUAAACUGCCUUUUGUGGUUAAAAAAAACACCGCUAUUUCAAAUGUAUUAGCAAAUACAAUUCACACCAGCUUCGUUCCAUUCUUAAAACUAAAAGAUCAGUCCAAUCAAUGGAUCCAUUUUCAGAAAAAAUAGCCAACACAAGAACAAAAUCUCAUCCUCACAAAACUCUAUAACGAGUCAUUACAAGCUGAUCUAAUCUGAUCUUGCACCAUAUGCACAAAUUUUUUAUGAUCACACACGGAUAAUCUUGAAGAAUUGAUGCAAUUCUGCCUUUUACUGGUCUCUCAAGACACUUGUAAUUUUGUGGUACUGUCUCAAUGGCCUCCAAUGGUGAAAACCAGCCGUUGCUAUCAGGAUUAGUGGAUUCGACUGUUCUGCCUAAUAAUGCAAAAUCUCUCAGCAAAAGGAGACUUCGCAGGAGUAAAAGUGCUCCUUCAGCAGAGUUCCGUCUUUCAGAUAUUCGUGGUGAUGGAACACUUCAACGUCCUAACUCCAUUUUUGGGAAAAUCGAGCCGAGUAUCAAGAAUGUUUCUAUGAUGUUGGGUGGCUACUUGGGGAUCGGCACGUUUGUCUUUCUCCUUUUCAGGGAUGAUAUUGAAGGGACAAAAACAAAUCCAAUUAUCGAUGCUAUGUAUUUCUGUGUUGUGACUAUGACUACUGUCGGAUAUGGGGACUUAGUUCCGAAUACUAACUUUGUGAAGAUACUCGCAUGUGUUUUUGUCUUCACAGGUAUGGCAAUUGUUGGACUUAUAUUAGGCAAAGCAGCAGAUUACCUGGUAGAAAAGCAGGAAAUCAUGCUCGUCGAAGCCUUAAACAAGCACAAUAAAGUGGGCGAAUUGAAAACCAUAAAGGACAUUGAAACCAACAGAGUGAGAUACAAGUGCUACCUUGCCAUGGGAAUUCUCUUAAUGCUUAUGAUGGUUGGAGCAACAGUUCUACUUACUGUCGAGAAAAUGGAGACGAUUGAUGCUAUUUAUUGCGUGUGUUCAACUAUCACAACUCUAGGUUUUGGAGAUGAGAGCUUCUCGACUGGAUUUGGCCGGUUUUUUGGCAUAUUUUGGAUACUGAUCAGUACUCUUGGAUUAGGACAGGUUUUUCUCUAUGUCGCUGAGUUAUUCACUGAAACCAGGCAAAAGGCAUUGGUGAACUGGGUUCUUACAAGAAAGACUACCAGUGUAGAUUUGGAGGCAGCUGACAUGGACAAUGAUGGAGUUGUUGGGGUUGCUGAGUUUAUCUUAUAUAAGCUUAAAGAGAUGGGCAAGAUUACAGAAGAUGAUAUCUCAGUAGUAAUGGAACAGUUUGAGAAUCUUGAUGUGGAUGAAUCAGGUACCUUAUCGGUAUCCGACUUGGUUCUUUCUCAAUCAAACAGCUGAAUCUGAUCGUCAAUGCAUUUCAAGAGGAGCUCGACGGCUUGUAUGUAAAAUUAAUAUCUUCAUUAUUAUGCACUAUUUUUAGGAUGUAUAUGUAUAUCAUGUCUUUGAAUCUGCAUAUUGCUAAAGUUUACGAAGAGUUGGAUUUUACUGCAUAUCCCACGUCGAAUAAAAAAAAUAGGUUUCUAGCUCUUUUUUACUGUUUUUUUUUUUUUUGUUCUUUUACAAGUCAAGUGUAAGAAUUAGAAUGUGUCAUAAAUUGAUGUAAUCUUUAUAUUUUAACUUAUCCAUGUGACCAAGUGGAAAUAUUCUCAUAUUUUGAAACAAUAUUACUAUACUUUUUAAAUUA